AAGUCUGAACUAGCCGGCAACCGCUUUAUUUAAAGUUGCACACACUACAUAAUUUAUAAUCGGAGUUGGAAUUAAGUUUUAUACCUGAACCGUUUGGCUAAUAUCCCUCGGAUGUCCUUUAUUACUAUAUUUUAUGUUGAAAACAAAUUACAGCAAUGCCAUCAGAUAUUUACCAAAUUGACAUUAUACACUACCUUAAUCCCUACUUUAUAUGGGUCGAGGUUGUGGAUACAGUAGAUGAUAAGAAAGCACUGGAGCAAAUUGGUAUAUAUGGCCUCUUGGCACAUGAAAUUACCAUUGAUUUAGAAAGAAAUGAGCUGGUCGAUAUAUCGUGCCGUGAAUGGGCGCCGGCGACUGCCAAUUUGAUGCAGGAGUUUUUUCUGAGCGCUAGAGAGACGUGGUUUAGCCCAACAUACAUCGAUAGAAGGAGCUCUAUUUUUAAGGAUAACAUUCAUAAAUAUGGAGAAGUAGUCAUCAAAACUCAUGAUGGUGAAUUGAAAAAGUUAUCCGAAUGGUUAAUAACAACAGGUUUUGCCGAACUAAAUGAUUGUGAAUUCCACAAGCAACUUAUGGCUGGAAAAACACAAUUAAAACUAAACCAAACUCAAAUUGGGAAUAUUUAUUCAUUCAUAGACUCACACUAUUUCAAAAAGGGACAGGAUAUACCAUGUCGAAAAACAAGUUUCUCGUCAUAUCAUGAUGACUUUUUUGAAGUUGAGGAUGGCUUGUCUGCACUAAGCAAUAAUAAGUACCAAAAACUUCUCAGUCUCAUGAAGAAUAAAACAAAAUCCAUAGAGGAUGUAGACAAUGAAGAAGAGUCUAUGGGUAGAGCUUGUCGCAGAUUAAAAAUUAAUGACUCCCAUGACAAGCCUCCUUAUAAUGUUAUUAAGAAUUAUUUUGAUAGACUUUCGAGUUCUAAGAGUUCUGGUUCAGAUGUUUCGUUCUGUAGCGAUAAGAAUAAUUUUAAGAAAGAUGAAGUGGAUGUUGUACUAGAAAAACAAAAGAUAAAGCAAGAUGUUUCCAAAGAAAUUGACAACCAAGUGCCAAUGACAGCAUUGCAAAAAAAGUUCCAUUUACUGAAAAAACUCUCGCGUAAAACAACAAGCAAAAAUGAUACGGGAAAUAUGGCUUUAGCUGAUCAAAAUACAAAUGCAACUUCAGCUGAAAAUGGAAGACUAGCAACUAAUUUAGAAGACACAAAGAAAUCUAUUGAAGAAAUUUCGUCAAGUAGAAAAAAUUUAACAAACAAGAUGAUGCAUAAAGACAAACUUAAUCAAGACUUAGUUUCAAAUAAAGAAGAGAAAGAAGAAAAGAAUAUAGAAAAGAAACAAGCACCCACAUCAGCAUUACAAAGAAAGCUGCAAAUUUAUAAGAAGCUAUCAAGCAAACCUGCAUCAAAUGACGACACCGCCAGCAAAGGUACAUUAUCCGAUGAUGAAGUCAAUGACAUUAUAGAAAAAAUAAACAUUGCAUAUCCGAAAAAUGAUAAAAAGAAACUGGUUAAGGAAGUAGAAGAUGAUACAAACAAUUUAGAUUUCGAUAACGGAGUGGAAAACAUAGGUUCAUACAUGUGUAAUUUUGUUGAAAAAUUAGUCACACCCGUUGUAAUGGUUCAUUCAAAAUUUAAUAAAGUUAUAAAACCAGUUUAUGCUAUGCGAGAUAUACCGUUCAAUCAACACAUACACAUUGUCCUAAAGAAUAUGUCCGUGAAACUGCCGAUGGAUUUGCAAUCUAUUUCCUGGCAAACAAUUUUAAGGGGCCACAGCAUUUUCAUGAUUAGCCCUAAGGAUAGUGGAAAGACUAUGGGUUAUUUGCCUUGCGUAUGCCGUUUGGUCAGUGAUGGUACUCCAGAAAUGGAUAGUUCCGGUCCCAUAUGUAUAGUUGUUUGUGCUACAGCAGAAUCCGUGACUGUAGUUGAGAGAAUUGCUAAAAUGCUUCUCGGUCUACACGAAAAAGUGCUGGCUUGCUACGCUGGCGUUGAUGAAUUGUUUAUUACGACAUCACUCCUGAAUCGUUGCGAUUUGCUAAUUUGUACUCCGCCUGCUCUAGUUAGAAUUCUGCAGGACAGGGACUUUGGUGUGGACUUACGACGUCUUAGGGCUUUUGUGCUUGACGAUUGUGAACGUCUGGAUCAGGCUUAUAAGCAGGAGGUCAAAUUCUUCCACUACAAAAUUAGGGAAGUCGAAAAAACGCGGGCCAAUAAAGAGUUGAAAGUUCAGUACGUUGUUGCUUCGAGGGUUUGGUGCGAUUUCAUGGAGUCGUUAGCGAGAAGAGCUCCCGACUCGGUGAUCAGCAUCGGUUCGUUCACCGAAUGCGUUCUUUAUUCAAAAGCGAGUAUGUCCGUUAGUUUUGUGGGUAGAGAUAAAAAAGUUAAUUCAGUUAUCGAGUUUUUGAAUGACACGGAUAGUUCCAAAAAGCUUGUUAUAGUGUGUCGGCAUAACGACGAUGUUGCGAUUCUAGAAAAGGAAAUGAAAUACCUCGGUCGAUACAUUUUCGUCGGUCAUAAUGAUUUGACUGUCAGUGAAAUGUACAAUUUAGGCGCCGCUUGGAGAGACUAUGAAGUUCCGAUACUCGGACCGAUUCUUAUUUGCACUGAUGAUAGUUUAUCGCAUUUGAACAUAACAGACGCGAAUUAUCUUGUGCAUUAUUCGUUACCGAAUUCAUUUUCCCUGUUCCGGAAACGUUUUUCCGUAUUAAAUGAUAAUUACCCAUCGAUAUUUUCUGCCGAACGAAAAUCUGUAAAGAUAAAAAUACUUCUCGAGGAUGUCGAUACAGAAAAACUUCCGAAGAUUUUAAAUUUCAUCAAACGAUGCACAGAUAACGUUCCACUUUGCUUGGAUGAGUUGAGCAACAAGAUUUUAGCGAAACGAGAUAUAUCCAAAGCCAAGAAGCUUGUUCCAAUUUGUGGAGCGCUUCUAUCGUUAGGCUACUGUCCCGAUUUCUACGAUUGUCUGAAUCGACAUAAAAUUUUGAAAGAGUACGAUGAACCGACUGAUUGGAUCCCAAAACGUGGUACAGUCACUUUCAAAAUUCUUCAUUAUCACACAGCUACGUCAUAUUCUGUCAGACUUUUAACCCAUAUCGAGAAAAGUGAAGAAAUUAAGUUCCCCAAAACAUACAAUACGCUUUCGUUAAAAUUAGGCAUGUAUUAUGGAAAAGCGUCGAAUAGGAAACUUCACGGAAUACCCAAAGUUGGUGAUAUUUGCGCUGUAUCGGUCAAGUACAAUUUGUUUGCUAGAUGUCAAGUUGUUAAAAUUUUAAGUACGUACCAAAGAGGGAAUCCGAAUUAUGUACUGAUUAAUUUAUUAGACGAAGAAAGAUAUGAACGGUCUAGGGAUAUAUAUCUGUAUCAUUUACCAAAAGAAUUCAAAGAAAUCAAAACAUAUGUAGUACAAGUGCGUUUAGCUAAUGUGCAACCUAAAGACAGGGAUGUGACAUUCUCGAAUUUAGCAAAAGAUCAUGUCAAAAAUUUAGUCAAUGCUGAAGAGGAUAUUUAUGUAAGAAGUAAUAUAGUGGGUGUGAUUGGAAACUGUAUAUUUGUUGACACAUUAGAAGCAUGUCAAGAAUUAUCGUCUCUCGAUGAAAUUGUUGUUAAGCACAACUUAAAACGCGAAUUACUAGAAAAGCAUGCGGAAGACAAUCCCGAUCAUAUUACUAAGCUGAAGGAGUUAUGCCUCGAGAAUGAUUAUACAAUGAUCGUGGAGAAGGAAGUUGUUGUUGAAUUAAAGAAAUCUACGAAAAAAGUUGUCGUCGAUUGGGCUCAUUUAGAUAAAGACGAAGUUACAGGGGUGUAUGUUUCUUCUAUAAUAAGUCCAGAUCAAUUCUUUGUACGAUUGGCUAAAUUCGAACCGUGCAUGAAACUUUUAUUAAUGGACAUUAAAAAACAUAUCGAAGGCGAACUUGAACCGUUCGACAAUAUACAAGUAGGUGAUAUUGUUAUCACCAAAUUUCCGGAAGAUGAUACUUACGAGAGAGCUAGAGUUGAUGGUAUCGAAAAAGACACAGUAAAGUGUUUCUUUGUGGAUCAAGGAGAUUGGGAAAUAGUGGCUUUGAAAGACGUUUAUCCUAUAACAAAUAAACUCAUUAGUCAAUUGCCCUUCCAAUCCAUUGAAUGCCGUCUAAUAGGCAUCAAAUCUCCCGGCAAUACUUGGACCGAUUUCUGCAUCAAUUGGCUAUCCAAUUAUUCCGAGGAGGGAACAAAACAUUUGUACGCUAAAUAUUUCCUCAAAGAACCCGCUGAAAUAACGGGUGCAAAUAAAUACGCUAUUGCCUUAAUUGAUACAAAUACUGAGGAUGAUGUUAUCGUCAACCAAUUAAUGGUAGACCUCAAUCUUGCUCAGAAAGUUGAGGAAGAAAUAACGUACUUAGAUAGUGUUAUAGCUGCGCAACCAGGAGAAUCCGAAGUAAAUGAUAAAGAAGAAUGGACAGAAUUAUCUAAAAGUACAGGUAGUAGUGUAAAAAGUGAGGACUUCCAAAAAGUUUCUCUAUCAAAGGUGUUCCUUCCUUUGCCAAAGCGCUCCGUCCCUUUAGUUGACUCUGAUUGUGAAUCAGAUUCAUCAGACAAAUGGGAAGUCUUUAAUCCUAAAGAUUUAUUGGCUACUUUUGUGCCGCAAAUACAGGCUAUGGCAAAUACGAGUCCUGAGUUACCUACUAUUUCCCCUAAUAACUUAAAAACUGACCUAGUAGAAAGUUCUAACGAACGGACUCCAGCGAGGGCAAACGAUUUAGACUCUGAUGAUACCAUGACGGACACACCUGGCAAUUCAUCAUUAAACGAAAAUAAUUUGACAAUCAUCGAUCAAACUCGAAAGCCAAAACUGAUUUGGCGACAGAAUAAAACAUCAGUAAGCAUUAAGAUACAGUUAAUAGGUAUUGAGAGAUACGAACUUGUAAUCGAAGAUAGAUCAUUAAAAUUUAAAGGGUUCAUUCACGAUACCAACUACAGUUUUAAUUUUGAUUUAUACGCGGUCGUUGAAAAGAACAAAUGUUCGCAUUCCAACAAGGGACAGUAUAUUUUGGUGAAACUGGCAAAAGUUUUACAUAAAAACUGGAUGACGCUAACAAAGGACCCUGAAAUUAAGAAAUGGAUCGUUUAUGACGUUGAUGGGCUAGAAGCGUCGUCUGAUGAAGAGGUUCUUGAUGAUUCUUUGGUCAAAAUUGCCAAGGAAAUGCACUAUAAGCAUGAAUCUGAGAGCGAUGAUGAUGAUUUUGUUGAUGAUGUAAAUUAUAGAUAUAAGUAAUUGGAAGGCCAUGCGUUCUCUUAAUAUACUUCGUAAAAUUGGCGGAGGUUCUCAAUUCGAAUUCUUAGUUUUUAGGAUCAUU